GGGACACAGUGCCAUGUGGGGACACGGUGCCAUAUGGGGACACGGUGCCAUGUGGGGACACGGUGCCAUAUGGGGACACAGUGCUAUAUGGGGACACGGCGCCAUAUGGGGACAUGGUGCCAUAUGGGGACACGGUGCCAUAUGGGGACAGGGCACCAUGUGGGGACACGGCGCCAUAUGGGGACAGGGUGCCAUAUGGGGACAGGGUGCCAUAUGGGGACAGCCCUGGUGCCCCCCGCUGGGCUGCAGGCACUGUGUCCCCCCCCCCCAUUGCCGCCCCCCAGAAGCCCUCCGCCAUCUGUGCCCACCUGGAGCUGUGCCCAGGGCAGCCCGGGGGGGUCCCGGCUGCGUCCCCCCACAUCGGUGCCCUCCUGAAGGACGCGGCGCUGCCGGUGCCUCUGCCGCUGUGCUGGCUGUGCCGGACCUUCCUGUCCCGUGCCGAGGCUGCCGUCCCCAAGGUACGGGGUGCUGCUGCUGGGGGGGUGCUGGUGGUACUGGUGGGGGUACUGGGGGUACUGGUGGGGGUGCUGGUAGUACUGGUGGGGGUAGUGGUGGUACUGGUGGUG